GCGCCCCUCCCCCGCGCGGCUCCCGGCGCAGCCCCGGCCGGGCGCGAGCAGGAGGAGGAGUUGCGGCGGCCGCGGCCACUAGGGCAGGUCGGCGGCGCAGCGGGUAUCCGCCGACGGUGCGGGCUGCUGCUCCCCGAGUGGACGAGGCGCGGGCGGCCCCGGGACCAUGGAGCCUGGUGACACGGCGCGCCCUGGCCCGUGGCGGGCUGUCCGGGCGCUGCCGCCGCGGCUGCUACUGCUCCCGCUGCUCCCCUUGCUGCUGGGCAGGGGGCUGCGUGCAGGGGCCGCGGCCUCCUCUGCUGGGGCGGCGGCUGAGGACAGUAGCGCCAUGGAGGAGCUCGCAACUGAGAAGGAGGCGGAGGAGAGCCACCGGCAGGACAGCGUGAGCCUGCUCACCUUCAUCCUGCUGCUCACCCUCACCAUCCUCACCAUCUGGCUCUUCAAGCACCGCCGGGUGCGCUUCCUGCACGAGACUGGACUGGCCAUGAUCUACGGGCUCAUCGUUGGGGUCAUCUUGAGGUAUGGCACUCCUGCCACCAGCGGCCGUGACAAGUCACUCAGCUGUACUCAGGAAGACAGGGCCUUCAGCACCUUAUUAGUGAAUGUCAGUGGGAAGUUCUUUGAAUACACUCUGAAAGGAGAAAUCAGCCCUGGCAAGGUCAACAGUGUAGAGCAGAAUGACAUGCUGCGGAAGGUAACGUUUGACCCAGAGGUGUUUUUCAACAUUUUGUUGCCUCCAAUUAUUUUCCAUGCUGGAUACAGUUUAAAGAAGAGACACUUUUUCAGAAAUCUUGGAUCUAUUCUGGCCUAUGCCUUCUUGGGGACUGCUGUUUCUUGCUUCAUUAUUGGAAAUCUCAUGUAUGGUGUGGUGAAGCUCAUGAAGAUUGUGGGGCAGCUCUCUGAUAAAUUUUAUUACACAGACUGUCUCUUUUUUGGAGCCAUUAUCUCUGCUACUGACCCAGUGACUGUGCUGGCGAUAUUUAACGAGCUGCAUGCAGAUGUGGACCUUUAUGCACUUCUGUUUGGAGAGAGUGUCCUUAAUGACGCUGUUGCCAUUGUACUGUCCUCGUCUAUUGUUGCCUACCAGCCAGCAGGGCUGAACACUCACGCCUUCGAUGCCGCUGCCUUUUUUAAGUCAGUUGGCAUUUUUCUAGGUAUAUUUAGUGGCUCUUUUACCAUGGGAGCUGUGACUGGUGUUGUAACUGCUCUGGUGACCAAGUUUACCAAGCUGCACUGCUUUCCCCUGCUAGAGACGGCGCUCUUUUUCCUGAUGUCCUGGAGCACAUUUCUCUUGGCAGAAGCUUGCGGAUUUACAGGUGUUGUCGCUGUCCUGUUCUGUGGAAUCACACAAGCGCAUUAUACCUACAACAAUCUGUCAGUAGAAUCAAGAAGUCGCACCAAACAGCUGUUUGAGGUGCUGCACUUCCUCGCAGAGAACUUCAUCUUCUCCUACAUGGGCCUGGCGCUCUUUACUUUCCAGAAGCAUGUGUUCAGCCCUGUCUUCAUCAUUGGCGCUUUUGUUGCCAUCUUCCUGGGAAGAGCUGCGCAUAUCUACCCGCUCUCCUUCUUCCUCAACUUGGGCAGAAGGCAUAAGAUUGGCUGGAAUUUUCAACACAUGAUGAUGUUUUCAGGCCUCCGGGGGGCGAUGGCAUUUGCAUUGGCCAUCCGGGACACAGCAUCUUACGCUCGCCAGAUGAUGUUCACGACCACCCUCCUCAUCGUCUUCUUCACUGUCUGGAUCAUUGGUGGAGGCACGACGCCCAUGCUGUCAUGGCUUAAUAUAAGAGUUGGCGUGGAGGAACCCUCCGAAGAGGACCAGAACGAACGCUGCUGGCAGUACUUCAGAGUUGGUGUUGACCCAGAUCAAGACCCACCACCUAACAACGACAGCUUUCAAGUCUUACAAGGGGAUGGCCCAGAUUCUGUUGGAGGAAACCGGACAAAGCAGGAGAGUGCGUGGAUAUUCAGGUUAUGGUACAGCUUUGACCACAAUUACUUGAAACCCACCCUCACGCACAGCGGUCCCCCACUAACCACCACGCUCCCUGCCUGGUGUGGUUUGCUGGCUCGAUGUCUGACCAGUCCCCAAGUAUACGAUAACCAAGAACCACUGAGAGAGGAAGACUCUGAUUUCAUCCUGACUGAAGGUGACCUCACCCUGACCUACGGAGACAGCACCGUGACUGCAAACGGCUCCUCGGGCUCCCACACAGCCUCUACGAGUCUUGAAGGUGGUCGGAGAACAAAGAGCAGCUCUGAGGAAGUGCUGGAGCGAGACUUGGGGAUGGGAGACCAGAAGGUUUCUAGCCGGGGCACCCCUCUGGUGUUCCCGCUGCAGGAAAAUGCAUGACUUUCCCCUAACCCCGGAAGCAAUGGGGUCAGCCUCUAGGGGGAGGGGUUCAGGAUGGCUGCAGCCCAGCGUUGUUUGAGAUGGGGCAUUGACUGGACUGAAGUAAUGCUUCUAUUUUAUCAGGGUCUGAAACUAUCUUAACACUGAAAAUUUAACCCAAGUGGCAGACAGUGAAGAUGAAAUGUCACUAAAAUUAAAACAAAUAUUCCCACGUUUUCA